GGGAGCGGGCGGCGGGUGUGCGCGGGGAGGCGGGCGGAGGAGGAGGAGGAGGAGGAGGGCGGGCGGGGAGGGGGUUCGCCGCCGGCGGGGGCUAACAAAGGGCGAGGCGAGCGCUGGGGCUCGGGGCAGCGCGGGGCGGGCAGCCGGCGGCCCCCGCCAGCACCACCAUGCCGCGGGUCGUCCCCGACCAGCGCAGCAAGUUCGAGAACGAGGAGUUCUUCAGGAAGCUGAGCCGCGAGUGCGAGAUUAAAUACACCGGCUUCAGGGACCGGCCCCACGAGGAGAGGCAGGCCCGCUUCCAGAACGCCUGCCGGGACGGCCGCUCCGAGAUCGCUUUUGUGGCCACAGGAACCAAUCUGUCUCUCCAGUUUUUUCCGGCCAGCUGGCAGGGGGAGCAGCGACAGACACCGACCCGGGAAUAUGUCGACUUUGAAAGAGAAGGAGGCAAGGUGUACUUGAAGGCACCUAUGAUUCUCAAUGGUGUCUGUGUAAUCUGGAAAGGCUGGAUAGACCUACAGAGACUGGAUGGUAUGGGCUGCCUGGAAUUUGAUGAAGAGAGAGCACAGCAGGAGGAUGCAUUGGCACAACAAGCCUUUGAAGAAGCUCGGCGAAGAACUCGUGAGUUCGAGGAUAGGGACAGGUCUCAUCGGGAGGAAAUGGAGGCAAGAAGACAGCAAGACCCUAGCCCUGGCUCUACCCUGGGAAGUGGUGAUGACCUCAAGCUGCGUUAAGGAAGAGCAGCAGGCACACCACGGGGCUGCUCACCUGCAUUGCUUCUACCUGGCAAAGGAUUGAAUCCAAGACCAGAAACUGUGAUACCUGGGAUUACUAUGGUCUGUUUCCUGACCCGCGGCAGGCAAAAUCACCAGGAGCUGCCAUGGUUUGCACUAUGUUUAUGUUACAAUACCUGCAUUUCCCAUUUGAAGCAUGUAGCCAGUGGCAAUUGGAAAAUUUUGGGUUUCUAUGCAAACUUAUUUUGUUUUUGUUUUUUUUUUUUUGUUGGCACUAUUUUAGUGAAAUGGAAACUUAUGCAGCUAUAAAACCGUUUUUCUCAACUGUAAUAAAAAUUGUCACUCAAGAAUAGGUCAAAAUAUUACAGAUUUAAAACUUCUCUUUGUUUUGUUUGUAUUUUUUUUUGUUGUUGUAAACUGCUGGAAGCCAAUGCAUUCCAAGCUUAAUUUUUUUUUUUGUUUAAUAUGGGCUUUUGGAAUUUUGAUUGUCCUUAUUGUGCUCCUGCUUUCUUUUAGAUAUGCCUUCUUACCUAUCUUCCAGUUUUCUUCUUCUCUGAAUUUGCAAGACCUUCUUGAAACUGCUGCCAUGAUUUUGCAUUGUUUCCAAGCUAAACCCAGUGAGCCAGAGCUGUUGGAAUCACUUUCCAAACUUGGUGGGUUUGUAAACCUUACAGUUGCAGUAUUCUUUUCACUGCUAACAAUUCCUUGGUUCCACUUUUUAAAUGACAAAAAACCAUCUUCAAAUGUAUAUUUUCAUGCAUGAAGACAUUCUGUCCCAGUAUCUGUCCUAGAUUUUAUUCUGUAUCAAGUGAGUUUGGGUGGUUAUACCCCUGUAUAUAGUACUUUACUGAAACUCCUUGGAAGUCACAGGUUGGCUUCUGUUUUAUUCAGGGAUUUUUUUAAAUAGUUGUUCAAAGGGAUACUGCAACUCUACAAAUCAGAUUCAACAGCAGGUCAAGCUGGGAACAAAAGUCAUCAGCUGCCAAGGUGAUAUGUAUGAAAUCAUUUUUAAGAUUUGCUGCUUUCAGUAUAUUUUGUAUCUUUAGGCUUUUUGUAAAGUUGUGCUAAAUGGGGAGGAGUGGAGAUGAGGUUGUGUGCAGAAAAAAAAAAUCCCAUGCUGUGCAGAGGACACUUCUAUUAAAUCUUCUGCAAAUCAAAGCUCCAUUGCAGUAUCUAUUGCAUUUUUGAACAGGGUGAGAUUUGGGAGGAGUUAAAUCUGUGUGGGAAUUACUUUGUUUUACUUGGGGUGAUGGUGAGUGGACUUGUUCCAAGUUUUUCCUUGCAUCCAAGAGUUGCAGAAAAUUGAUUGGGAAUGUGAUGUCAUUUGGCUUUGUUGAAAAAAUCUGGUGCUUCCUGUACAGCCUGAUGAAUUAAAAUGUCUCUUCAAUGCCUUCAGUAUUUUCAGAAUUAUUUGGAAGGUUGGAAACUCUGUAUGGUUAGAAGAAUUAAGUCUUAAAUUCUACUAUGAAGAUAAUUAAAUGCCUCCUUAAUGGCAAAACAAUGGAUGCAAAAGAGGUCUUGCAAAAAUGGAAGCAGGUGUCCAUGUGAAGGAGAAUCUUUGUGUGUUAAUAAUAUGAAUAUUUAACAUUCACUUCCAAACGUCGAGAACUGUAAACUGUGAGAAUGUCAUCAAAUACAGCUCUUUUGGUACUUCCAUUUAAAUGUGAUUCACCUGAGACAACCUUUGUCACUCUGUGGCCACGUUGUUCUUCUUGCUGCUCUUCCCCCCCAAAGAAAGAAUUGUUCCCAAGUGUUUCUGCAGUGAGUUGUUUAAGGGACACACGGCUGCAUCCGCACACAUCCCCAGCCUUGGAUCUUCUCUGCCAUCUGUGUAUUUUUGAUGGAAUAGUCUGAAGAUUUAUUUUAAGAAGGUUUUUCCUAACGUUUCAGACGGUGGUUUUAAACCAGAAGUACACAGGAAAUUAUGCUAUCAGAUAUUAAGGUUGCUAUCUCUCUGUAAAUACUGACCUUUCCCUAUCAUCACUUAGCAUUCUGCUGCUUUCCAUGUCUUAAUGCUGGCAUUAAGAUCACAGGCCCUUCCCCUCUGCUGGUUAGUGCAGACUUUUAAAAGUGCAUUUUAAGUUAUUGAUGCAAUUUGAUAUUUUUCAUGAUUUCUAUUUAAACUGAAAGUUGCAUCAUCUUCCUCGAGUUCAUCUCCUGUUAAGAGUUGCCUUAAAGCUACAGGUUUGCUUUUGCUACUUCUUUUUGUGUUGUGUGUUUAACUUUCAUAAUAAACCUCUGUGUAGUGAAAA